AUGGAUGAGGAGGUCCUGACUUAUAAUGGUGUUGUGCUGAAAAGGAGCGACUUGGAUCUGCUUAGCGGCCCGCACUACUUAAACGAUUGCAUUAUUCAAUUCUAUUUCAGUUAUCUUACUUCCCAAUAUGAUGAUCGCACCCUUCUGGUUUCCCCUACAAUCUCUUUUUGGCUGGCGAAUUCUCAGAACUCCGAGGCUGAUUUUAGAGACUUUGAGGAGUCUCACCAACUUAGUAAAAAGCAAGUUGUGAUGUUCACCGUGAAUGAUAAUGAAGACACGAGUCAAAGCGACGGUGGAAAGCAUUGGAGCUUGCUUGUGUAUUACAGAAAAUCGAAUACAUUCGUGCAUUACGACAGCUUUGGGGGUUUCAAUAGUUUGGUUGCCAGAAAGUUGUAUCGAGCGGUUAAGAACUGCGUGGCAGCUCCAGCAACACAAGCACCAACUCCAGCUGGGACUAGUAGUUUGGUUACCCACAUUAGUUCUAAAAUGGGACACAAGUACUACUCUAAGCACUUGCGGCGAAUUAUAAAUUAUCCCAAGAAGAAUAUGCUGGUGUCUUUUGUGAUCGGAUACAUCUUCUCAAAGAAGUACUUGCGUCGGUUUAUAAAUUAUCAUCCUGUGAAGGUGUGUUAUGCCCUGCAAAAGUACAUCAUAAGUAAUAAUGGAGAUGAUGAAGAGACUAUCGAUAGGGAUGAUGAUGAUGAUCCUUGGUUUAGAGAAGAGAAUGUUAUGCCUCAGCAGACAAAUUGGUACGACUGCGGUUUAUAUAUGAUGGCUAUUGCUAGAGUAAUCUGUGAAUGGUACUACGAUGAGGAGAGGGCGGAGCAGGAGCAGCAGAAUUGCUUCUUGAAGGACGACCGGUUUCCGAAUAUCACGAAGCAUCUUGACAAUUCUUUAGAAUACACGAUGCGCUCUGAGAUGUUGAGGUUCAUUCAACACCACAUCGAACUUAAAACAAACUAG